CUGUUGAGGACGAACCUGCAGUGUCUGGAUAGAAGCAGAAGGACCUACCGCCAGCAUGCUGAAGGCUGUCCCUCGCUUGACAAGGGUACCACAUGUUGGUAGCAGAAUGUCUAAAACUUGUAAUUUGGCCGCUUUGGCCAAAUUCCACUGUGCCAGUGGGGCAGCCUGUCAGAAAGCAGCACACAAGUCACAUGACCUUCCUCCAAUGCCUCCAUGUGACUUCAAACCUCUGAAACAUCAAGGCAUGUCCAAGCUGCGCAUGAUGGAGAUCCGCAAGCUCAACUGCCACCCCAUGACCAUGAAGGUGACCUCCUACAAGAGCCCGGUGUUCAUCCACCAGGGCCACAUGCAGUGGCUGUGGGACACGGACGGCAAGCGCUACCUGGACUUCUUUGCGGGAGUGGCCACCGUCAGCGUAGGACACUGCCAUCCGAAGGUGACGGCUGUCGCGGUGGCCCAGAUGAAGAGGUUAUGGCACACGACCUGCAUCUACGUCACCCCCCCUCUGCAGGAGUACUGUGAGAAACUGGCCUCUCUCCUCCCAGACCCCCUCAAGGUGGUCUACCUGACCAACAGUGGCUCCGAGGCUAACGACCUAGCUAUGCUAAUGGCCAGACUUCACACAGGCAACCAUGACAUCAUCACCCUCAGAGGGUCAUACCACGGUGGUAGCCCCCAAACCAUGGCGCUGACCUCCAACUCGGCAUACAAGUACCCCGUCGCCAACGGAGGCUGCACCACAACCAUGUGUCCUGAUGUGUUCAGAGGGCCCUGGGGCGGGAGUCACUGCCGGGACUCCCCGGUACAGACCAUCCGGACCUGCGAUUGCCCUCAAGGUCAAUGCAUGGCCAACGAUAAGUAUAUCGGGCAACUUGACGAGACGUUUGCCACCAGCCUUCCGUCUCGUGUGGCUGCGUUCUUUGCGGAGCCUAUUCAGGGCGUAGGUGGAGCGGUGCAAUACCCCAAAGACUACCUGAAGCAGGCCUACCAAAGGGUGCGGGAGAGAGGAGGCGUCUGCAUCGCUGAUGAGGUCCAGACUGGAUUUGGACGAACCGGGAGCCACUUCUGGGGUUUCCAAGGCCACGAGGUGAUGCCUGAUAUAGUGACCAUGGCAAAGGGCAUCGCUGGUGGCUUCCCUAUGGGGGCGCUUGUAACGACACCGGAAAUCGCUGCUGCCUUCAGCAAGGGAGCUCAUUUCAACACGUACGGAGGAAACCCCAUGGCCUGCUCCAUCGCCUCAUCCGUCUUGGACGUUAUGAAAGAGGACGGCACGCAGCAGAACAGCCUCGUCGUGGGCACCUAUCUCCUGACAGAGCUGGCCAAGCUCCGCGACAAGCACGAGAUCAUCGGCGACGUCCGCGGCAAGGGCCUGCAGAUCGGGGUGGAGAUGGUGGAGGACAAGGUGAGCAGAACUCCUCUGUCUCCCGCGGCCAUGAACGACAUCUUUGAGGAGACCAAGGACAUGGGGGUGCUCAUAGGGAAGGGAGGCGUGUACGGACAGAACUUCAGGGUCCAGCCUCCGAUGUGCGUCACUAAGGACGACGCGGAUUACUUCCUGGCGGUCUUCGACAGAUCCAUCCAGAACUACAUGGACAGACGAUAGCGACACCCACCUGUGGCCCGCCGUCUCCAAACAUACGCCUGCAAGAAUCAACCCCAACUCAACACCGACCAAUCGGCUCAUUUAGCCCACACUGUUGGCGGUCCAAGGUCAAAUACAUGUUUACAGGGUCUUUAUUUUUUAGUCCAGCCUGUCGUGGCUGCUUGGAUGAAGGCUGUUGUCAACCUGCCACCUGGUCAUGUGGGAAGCAUUGGA